AUGUCUACGGCAGUGUCUACCGGUGCUGUGAGGGCUGGGGUUGCUUUCUUUGGUGCUGAGAGUUUGAACCGAGUUUCUUUCUUGAGGAAUGACCUAGAAUUUGUCCGUUCUUCACUGGAACAUGCAUCGACUGUAUUUAUACCAUUUGUUCAGGGAGAGGCUAUUCUUUCGAGGGGAAACGAACUUGGAAUUUGUGAAUUGAAAUUACAGGAUGAAUGGUUUUCUUUGAGACCGAUUGUGGACCGUUUAUUACCUCUAUUGAAUACAGAAGCAGCAAGAGUACAGGAAUCUGGUGCGAAUUUGACAUUUCUAGGAUUGAAAGAAGGUGGGGAUUUUAGUUACAAGUCACAGUACCGUGGAUCACCUUACUAUGCCAUCGAUUUUAGACCUAGCUCGACGACAUUGAUUCAAUCAAAGGACCUGGGACCAUUGCUACAAGCACCCCAGGCCAAUAGAACGAGUGUACUUGAAAUGACGAAUGCACAGGCAUCGCUUUACUCGCACGCUCGUAUGUAUCUCGAUUGGCUUGCCAAGUAUAAUUACUGCCCAGGUUGUGGAUCCGUUAUGUACCCCGUAGAUGCUGGAACUAAGAUGCAAUGUGGGAAUAAGGAUAAGAAUGUUCACUGUAACGUCAGGGAUGCACGAGUGAAUAACGUUUGCUUCCCCAGGACAGACCCUGUAGUGAUCGUAGCAAUAGCCACCAGAGAUUACAGCAAGAUCUGUCUUGCAAGGUCCAAAAGACGAGUUCACGACACAGUGCUUUACAGUACCAUUGCAGGGUUCAUGGAGCCAGCAGAGACAGUCGAGAACGCAUGUUCAAGAGAGAUAUGGGAAGAGACUGGUAUCAAGUGCCAUGAUAUCAAUUUGGUCUCGACACAACCAUGGCCUUACCCAGUCAAUUUAAUGGUCGGAUGCGUUGGCCUGGUUGAUGCAAACGGUACAGACGACAAGAUCGAUCUUACACACGACGAAGAGCUUAUGGAUGCUCAAUGGUUUUCUACACAGGACGUUGUCGAAGCACUCGACAAGUACAAUGGGACAGCAGUGGUUCAAUUCAGGGAAGAUAUAACAUUCCCGGGAAAAACAGCAAUUGCUCAUCAACUGAUAAGAUUCGUGUGUGAUAAGUACAAGAGGUCCUUGGCAUCGUUAUAA